AUGGCUGAUUCUGACUCGCCAGAGCUGUUUCUUAGAGCUCUUGGCAUGCGAACCAAGACAGGCCGCUCAAGCAAGCCACUUGUAGGGCUACCAGCCACCAAGCUGGAAUUACGACCUGCUGAGUCGGCAAUUGUGGCUGAGCCUCAAUAUUCCUGCCUGGUAGAGGACGGCCAAAUCUUUCAUUACGACCAGCGCCUGUCUGACUUUCUGCCCAUGUCCAAUGAACUCCCAGGUGCCCUGCAUCUACUGCACUUGAAGAUCCAGCAAUCUUGGGACCUGGGCAGCCAGAUACAGGCUUCUCGUGUUGGAGAGGACUUUAGCACACCUCGUAUCUCCACUAACGAUAAUUUCUACAUUGAUUCUGAUCUGCCUGAGUAUUUAAGGGACAGUGGAACAGAUCGUGUCAGCAACAGCAACAAGGGUCUACUGUACAUCCAAGGGGUCCAAGCCGGAUAUCGACGCCACUGA